AUGGCAUCAUAUGCUCAGUCCAAUCAAUCAGAUCUAACAUUACAAAAUACUGCAAAAUGUGCAGAGACCGGUUUACGAACAUUUGCUACGACUCACUUUCAACCGGUGUUUGCGCGCAGAUCAUUUCCCUGCUUCGACGAACCGGCACUUAAAGCAAAUUUCAACCUUGUCGUAAAACGACCCAGCAGUAGUUACAUAUCGGUGGCCAAUACUCCGAGAGAUGAACGGUUGUCUAAUGGUCUAACAGACGUGUUUGAAGAAACCGUUUCAAUGUCGACCUACCUACUCGCUUUCAUCGUAACCGACAUGCAAUAUUCUGAGACAUUUGGUCGUCAUCGAGUGUUAGCACCAAAAUUCGAACUUGAGCAAGGUCGGCACAGGUAUUCUUUAAACAGCAGUUAUUACCUUCUCAAUGAAAUGGAAAAAUAUACGGAAAUUCCGUACGUUUUUAAAAAGUUGGACCACGCUUCCAUUCCGAAGGACUAUUCGUCUGGCCUUGCAAUGGAAAAUUGGGGACUUAUAACUUAUAGGGAUGAUGUCUUGUUAACAUCAUCGAAUGCUGACAUAUCCCAGAAGCGACAAGCACUAAGUACAGUUGCUCAUGAAAUUCAACAUCAGUGGAUUGGUAACCUAGUUACUCCAGAUUGGUGGAGCUACAUUUGGUUGAAUGAAGGGUUUGCAAAUUACUUUGAGAAUUACCUAGCAGACAAGAUUGAACCUGGUAUGGAUAUUUGGAAGAGAUUCAUUAUUCUAACUGGUCAGACUACAAUGUUGUUUGACAGUAUUCCGGAAUACACCAGGCCGAUGACUGUAACAGUGGAAGAAUCCUAUAAGAUACCUUUCCUUUUUGAUAAAACUGCAUACCAAAAAUCUGGCGCAGUGAUAAGAAUGUUGGAAAACAUGGUUUCGCGAAAAGUUUUCCGACAAGGUUUAAUUUACUACUUGAAGGAGAAACAAUUUCAAACGGUAACACCCCGUGACCUUUACAGAAAUAUUCAACGAGUCCUAGAUGAAUCUUCUGAAAACGUUUUUCCACAACCAUUGACGGUUGAAAGUGUAAUGACAACCUGGGAAACGAUCGCUGGCUUUCCACUUGUAACAGUUACAAGAAAUUACGGUAGCACCAUAAAUAACAUCAAUCUCAAACAGAGGGCGUUUAAUAUAUACAACAACCAGGGUGAGGAUGGACGCUGGACGAUACCAAUUAAUUACGCUAGCAAGGGGAGUGCCUCGUUUGAGAGCACUGCUCCGAAAAAAUGGCUCAUACAUCCAACAGAUACAUUUACAGUCGCAGAUUUAGACGAUAGGGAUUGGUUCAUAGUGAACGUACAGCAAAGUGGAUAUUAUCGAGUUAACUACGAUGAAAGAAACUGGGCUCUAAUUGCCGAUGCACUAAAAGAAGACCAUCGUGUAAUUCACCCACUGAACAGAGCAAAGUUGUUAGAGGAUAGUUUUUAUUUAGGGGCAACAGGAGAUAUUUCUCCCAAUAUAUUUUCUAAAUUAUCAGAAUAUCUGGUAAAUGAAGAUGAUUCGUUAGUGUUAGCUGCCCUUCCUGCGCUUUUCGCCAGUAUGGAUAAUAAGCUUUAUUAUUCAAGAGGACACGAUGACUUUAAGGAUCGUGUUAUUUAUCUUCUUCAAGGUGCAUAUAAUCAUUUGACAUUCGACGAAAGGUUAAGUGACAGACUUAGUGAAAAAGAGGCGCGCGCCGGUGUUAUAUUUUGGUUGUGUAAAAUGGGACACAUGGAAUGUCGAAGCAAGGCAUUGGAAAAAUUUGAGGCAUGGAAAAAUGAGAAUGCGACUAUUUCAACCGAUUUGGAAUCUGCAGUAUUUUGCAGCGCCAUGCGUAGCAAUAACCAAAGCCACUUCGAUUACUUAUUUAAACUAUUUAUUGAAACGACCGACUAUGAUUUGAAGAGCCGCAUUGCGUCUGGUUUAAGCUGUAUGGAGGAACAUAAAUAUUUGCAACGAUUUUUAGAAAAUUGUUUGAAUUACUGUCCAUCAGCAUUACUAGAACAGGUCAUUAAGCAAAUGCACAGCAGUAGCAAGCAUGGGUUAGAAGUAGUGUUAGAUUUUCUUUCCCAAAACAUGGAGAAAGUUCAUAAAAUCUUUGGUGGUCACACAAAGUUUAUGGUUGAAGAGCUUGCCAGUCAAUCCUACACCGAUGGGCAUCUGAGAAAGUUAGCAAGGUCGCAGUUAUGGGCAAAGUCAGUCCCCUUUUUCGAUAGAGCUGUAGCAACGAUAGCCAAUAAUGUUGCAUGGCUGAAUAAAAAUGAACACAAGUUGUUGGAAUUUUUAACACAUUCACAAUAAAACAUGUUCUGUUGGAUUUAUUACGGAAUA